AUGGGCUGCCCCCCACCUGGCACUGCCUUCACCUGGAUGUUGCUGCUUUUGCUGUUGGAGGCCUGGACAGGACACCUGAGGGCCCAGGAGCCCAAAGUGCUGGGGGGCAAGGAGUGUGAACCCCAUUCACAGCCAUGGCAGGUGGGCUUGUUCCAGGGCACCCGGCUGCUCUGUGGCGGUGUCCUCAUCGAUGACAGCUGGGUCCUCACAGCCGCCCACUGUAAGAAACCGAAGUACACAGUUCGCCUGGGAGAUCACAACCUGAACAGUAAAGACGGGCGCGAGCAAGAAAUGGCCGUGGCCCAGUCCAUCCCUCACCCCGGCUACAACAGCAGCAGCCAGGACCACAAGCAUGACCUAAUGCUCAUUCGCCUGCGGGGUCAGGCGUCCCUGGGGUCCACAGUAAAGCCCAUCCAGUUGGCGGACCGCUGCCCCGAGGCCGGCCAGCAGUGCACCAUCUCAGGCUGGGGUACUGUCACCAGCCCCCGAGAGAAUUUUCCUGACACCCUCAACUGCGCAGAGAUCAAAAUCUUUCCUCGGAAGCAAUGUGAGGACGCCUACCCCAGGAAGGUCACAGAUGGUAUGAUCUGUGCAGGUGACAGUAGUGGAGCUGACACGUGCCAGGGCGAUUCUGGGGGCCCGCUGGUGUGUAGAGGUGUCCUCCAGGGCAUCACAUCCUGGGGUUCAGACCCCUGUGGGCAGCCCAAGAGACCUGGUGUCUACACCAACAUCUGCCGCUACCUGGACUGGAUCAAGAAGACCGUCGGAAACAGAGGCUGA